CGCGUUACUGCGGGCGCUCCUUCCGGAAGUUCCGUGUUUGUCCGUUGGAGAUAUAUAUAUUAUCAUGGCGUCGGUGACUUUUCGCGACUGUUUUCUCUGCGUGUCUGCUUUAAUUACCUUCGUGUCCGUGUUCGUGACCGGUGCAGACUUCGUUCGCUUCGUGUCGUUUCGUGCCAUCUAUCACAACCUGAGCGGGGCCGCGCCUCUGUGUCGAGACUCUGUGCCCUGGUCCGUGGCUCUGCGGGAUGUGCUGGUGCUGAAGGCGGUAGCUGUAGAUGUUUUCCUUCUGGUCCUCUUCAGUGUCCAGCACAGUCUGCUGGCCUGGACUCCGGUGAAGCAGGUCUGUCAGAAUGUGUUUGGGGUUUUAUCCAGAUCCGUGUACUGCUUCACCACCGCCGCAGCACUGCAGAUGUUGAUGCAGUACUGGCAGCCGGUCACCAGCGCCCCCUGCCUGUGGUCAGUGCGCACUGCACCCUGGGAUAUCUGGUUCCCACUCAUCUGUUUCAUCUUACACUUCCUGUGCUGGGCCAUCAUCUGCAGUAUCCUGCUCAUCUUCGAUUAUCCCGAGCUACUGGGCAUCAAACAGGUGUAUUACGAGUGUCUGGGUCUGGGUGACCCUCUCCUGCUGAAGUCUGAACGAGCGCAGCGGCUCUACGCUCACCUCAGGCAUCCCGUCUGCGUGGAGCUGCUCACAGUGCUCUGGCUCCUCCCCACGUUCCCGCUUGACCGGCUUCUGCUGGCCGUGUACCUGUCCGUUUACCUGAUCCUCGCUCACUCGCUGGACACCCAGGACUGCAGCUACCUGCGCCGCCAGCUCCGCAGCAAACUGCAGCUCUUCUCCGCACCACUGGAGGGCAGCGAUCAGAGCACCAGCACCAAUAAGACCGACUGAAGGACAGUCAUGGUCAAAUAAUAGUGUUAUGCUGCCUUCACGUUGUUACUUAGAAAAUCACUUUAAUAUUUCUGUUCACUCAAAAAGAUUUAUCACUAGUGCAACCGAACGAACAGCAAGUGAUGCAGAUGUAGUGAGUAACUGAGGCUUUACUGAUGAUGGGAAAUGUAGUUUUGUUGCACAAGCCUCUUGUCUCAAAAGCAACUAUAUUGUAGUUCUUCAACAGUAAACAAAUGCACACAAACUAAAUUGUGCUGUUAACAGUUAAAACUAAUUAGAAUAAAUAAAAUAUCUUGCACAUUGAUGCUUUAAUUGUCCUGCCACUUUCUGACUUUGGGUGGCAUAAAUAUGGUGAUACUGAUGUGACUUGAAGGCAGCAUUACAAUUAAAGCUAUGUUUGGAAUGAAAUACUAGAAUACUGAAUAAUAUACACUAUAAUCUGGCCAA